CGUCAGUCUGCGAAAAAACGAAGCGGUGCGAUCAAGGUACGCUUACCGUUUACCUAGAUAAGGAUUGAAGAAGCAUAAAAUAACAUCUGAAAGCCGUACAUUGCAGAUUCUUUCAUUGCGGCGUUGUUCCCUUGUACGUGCGUGUGUUGUUUGUGUGUAAGCGCGCCUGCUAGGCGAAAACAAAUCGCGUUCGACGGUGAACCAGGCGUUUACUGCAGGCAGAAAGCGGUCUCAAUGGCUUCAACGGCUAAAAAGGUUAAAAAGUCGUCCGAAGCUUUGGACGACGAGUCCGAGGCACUGGAAGCAGUGGACAGUUGCCAGAACGAAAUAGACGCGCUGAACGAAAAGGCCAGCGAGGAAAUUCUGAAGGUCGAGCAGAAGUAUAAUGCACUUCGAAAGCCGUACUACCAGAAGCGCAACGAAAUUAUCAAACGCAUUCCAACGUUCUGGGUGACGGCCAUUUUAAACCACCCGCAAAUCUCGGGCAUCUUGGAGGAGGAAGAGGAAGAAUGCCUACAGUUCCUCGAGAAACUGGUGGUAGAAGAGUUUGAUGACAUCAAGAGCGGGUAUCGGAUUCAGUUUUACUUCGAUGAGAAUCCUUAUUUUGAAAACAAGCUGCUUACGAAAGAGUUUAAUCUAGGUUCUAAUGGAGACAGUCCCUCAUCGACGAGCACCACAAUAAAAUGGAAACCAGAUCGCGAUCUGACAACAAUGCUCCCAAAGAAAACGGCCAACACACGCCGAAAACGCAAUCUGGAAUAUCGCACGUUUUUCGACUGGUUCACCGACAAUAAUGAUCCAAUCAAUGAUGACAUUGCCGAGCUGAUCAAAGAUGAUCUAUGGCCCAACCCGCUGCAGUACUAUCUGGUGCCGGACAUCGAAGUCGAACCAGAAGACGACGAUGAUGGGGAAGGCUGCGAAGAAUUCGGCGAAGAAGCCGACGAGGAAGAAGUGGAUGAGGUGGAGGACGAAGAAGAAAAGGCAUCCUAGACGGAUGAUCUUAUUCCCCCUAAACCGAUGGAAGCGGAUCCCUCUCAAUUUCUACCGAAAGCUGAAAAGUACAGUUUUCUCGUCUCGGUGCCGAUAAUCGGAACUGUUUUCACUCUGCAUUCAAUUGGAACUACACACGUUAUUCAAGUAGGCAAACAGGAUCUUGAAUGAACUCCACAUCUAAACAACAAGCACUGCAACGGUUACACUAAUCGCGCUAAGAAUAAUUGAAACUUUAGUUCCCAUACAUAGCUGUUCAAUUUUCGUUUGAGCUUUCUUCGUAAUUUUCGUAGUGGUACCGAUUGAAAGAAAUAUAAUCUAAAACAAACGGUAAAAGGAUAGCCGGUGAUAUUGUUAGUAUCUUUAUCCAUUAUGUCCCCGAGGUAGGGAUGAAAAUUUUCGUGUUCUGUAGAAUGUCGUAAAUAUACUGUGUAUGACGGAUCCGAA